CAAGUUCCUUAUCCUUUUCUUUUUUUUAAAUAUAUAAUGCAAUACUACCUUUCUGUUUGUCUUAUCGUCUCCGUUCUUAAAACAUGAACUCGCCGAGAAUUUUCUGUUGGUCUUCUGUGGUAAACGUUAAUCUCAAAAACAGGUGUAAACAAUGAGGACCAAGAAGCGGAAUUCAUCGGAAUCUGAUAGAGGUUGGUUAAGUUGCGAUAUGUCAGAAUCAACUUUUGGCUGGCCCCUUCAGAAAGUAACUGUUCCUAUGGAGACUCAGGGAGCUUGUGAAAAAUCAGAUGAUGAUUCGAAGAGUUGGGAGGUUGAAGAAGAUGAAUAUGCAUCACCUUUAUCAAGGCCUGGUUGGCCUCUCCUUCGUGUAGCAACCUCCGAAACCAUGAGUACUCCUGGUAGAAAGUUUGAAGCAAAAGAUGUGUCUGUAGUCGAGUGGGUGAUGGGACUUCCUAGUCGAACAACCUCAGUCAAUCUGCAGCUUGCUAAUGAAUUGAAGUUCCUCAUUAAGAAAGACUCACAAGGUUGCAGGAUGUUUAGCUACGCCGAAAUAAGGACUGCAACUUCUCAAUUCUCCUCAGAUAAUCUUAUCGGCGAGGGAGGGUGCAGCAGUGUGUACAGAGGAGUUCUCCGAUGUGGGAAAUCCGUGGCGGUGAAGAUUUUGAAAGUAUACAAGGAAGCUUGGGAUGAUUUUUGCUUGGAAGCCAAAUUUGUGUCUUCAAUUAAGCAUAAGCAUAUAGUAUCUCUCAUUGGCGUGUGUGAGGAAGAUGAGAAUCUUGUUCUAGUAUAUGAGCUCUUUCCUAGGGGGAGUUUGGAGGAGAACUUGCAUGCAGAUUGUAAUGAUGGUUCUGUACUGCCAUGGGAAGUGAGAUUCAACGUGGCAGUUGCAGUUGCUGAGGCUCUAAAUUAUCUACACAAUGAGUGCCCUCAGCCGAUUAUUCAUAGAGACGUAAAAUCUGCAAACAUUCUUCUCUCAAGUGAUCAUCAGCCACAGUUGUCAGAUUUUGGGCUUGCUAUAUGGGGAUCAGUGGAUUCUAGUUAUGUAAUAAGUAAUGAUGUGGUGGGAACUUUCGGAUACAUGGCUCCAGAGUAUUUCAUGCAAGGGAGGGUCAGUGACAAGGUUGAUGUGUACGCCUUUGGUGUAGUUCUCCUUGAACUACUAUCAGGAAGAAAGCCAGUUGAUGUUGAGGCUCCAAAAGGACAAGAGAGCUUGAUCAAGUGGGCAAGAAAGCUAUUAAAAAUUGGAGAUCUUAAAGCAUUGCUGGAUCCCAAGCUAAGAGCGGACUAUGAUAUUGUCCAAAUUCGUAGAAUGUCUAUGGCAGCAAGUCUUUGCACAAACCAGUCAGCUCAAAUUCGUCCAAAUAUGAGGCAGGUACUGAAAAUCUUAGGAGGGGAGACAGAUGCCAAUGAGUCAGACUAUUAUGAAGCCGAAGAUGACAGUUUACUGGAAGCUGAUUGGAAUUCAGUUUCCGAAGUGUCCGAGACAAAGGAUGAUAGCAUUUCACCAUCAAGUUCUACUGAUACAGCAUCCAGUGCAGGAAAAACUCCCCGCCUUAAAUUGAAGGACUACUUAACUAUACAUGACCAUCAAUUUUGAAUUUUGGAUGCCUCUAGGGUGGUGCAUAUUCAGUUUGCUUUGCCACCAGAUCAUUCUGUUGUACAGUACAUUUCAAAGGGACAGAUUAAGUUGCAUAUUCAAGCACAGAGAUAAAC